AUGUCUGCAUCAGAGUCUCACGAGCAGCAGCCCGUCGGCGAGCACCCGAGCAAGCAGCCUAUCGUCAUCGUCGUCAUGGGCGUCGCCGGCACGGGCAAGACCACCCUCGCGACCGCGCUCGCGACCCGCCUCCGGUUCGCCUCCAUCGAGGGCGACGCGCUCCACCCGCCCGCGAACGUCGCGAAGAUGUCCGCCGGGACGCCGCUCACCGACGCCGACCGCGAGCCGUGGCUCGCCCGCCUCCGCGCCGCGGCCGCGCGCGCCGUCGCGCCCCCGCACGGGGCGCGGGGCGUGCUCGUGACGUGCUCCGCGCUCAGGGCGUACUACCGCGACAUCCUCCGCGGCACGCGCGCGGUCGAGGGGGCGGGGGAGGAGGGGGAGGAGGAAGCGGGCGGGGAGAUGGCGAGGACGCCGCUCCCGACGUACUUCGUGUACAUCAAGGGCGAGCGUCCGCUGCUCGAGCAGCGCAUCGCCGGCCGCGAGGGACACUAUAUGAAGCCGAACAUGCUCGACAGCCAGCUGCGCACGCUCGAGAGCCCCGAGGGCGAGCAGGGCGUUGUCGUUGUCCCGCUUGAUGCUACGACCGACGAGCAGGCUGAAGUUGCACUGCAAGAGCUCAGCAACUUUGUACCUGACUUGCUGUAG